ACAUAUAAACACAUUGCGUAUUGAAUCAUUGAUUAGCACAUAACACAUGGCUAACUUAAAAUUUUUGCUGUGUUUGUUCCUGAUCUGUGUUACGUUGUCGCUGUCAUCAGCAUCUCGGCCAAUGCAGCAGCGGUUUGCAAACGCAGAGGGAAAGAAAGGAGGGCGUAUGAUGAGAGAAGCUGAAAAAGUGUUGAAAGCUAAUAUGGAGAAGCUAAUGGAGAGGGGCUUUAGCGAGUCCAAGAGACUUAGUCCUGGAGGUCCUGAUCCUCGUCAUCACUAAGUACUACGUACGUACCCUCGUAUAUUUAAAUUUGCAGGGAUGUGUUUUCUUUUCUUGAUCUUGAACCGGUUUAGAAGAAAACAUAUUAAUCCGCUUUGUACGCAGCCUUGUUUGUUCGUUCGGUGUAACCAAAAUAAAUUGUGAUGUUCGUUACACGUUUUAUGAAUUGUGCAUGCUUUACGUACUCUAUACAUUCUACAAUAUACAAUAGUCUACUAGGAUCGGAUUAUAUCAUGUUUGUAUGAAAAGAAAGUACAAAUAAAUAGUAUGAAAAGUGAGACUGAAAUAAUUUAAUUUAUCAUGUUUGUAUUCUAUAAUGGCUCGUGUAUACGAUUUAAAAUUAAGUUUGAAAAAGUAUAGAUUAUUUAUGGACGACAACAUAAUCCGGAAUUUUGACAUAAUUUCUCAGCAGAGCUCGAAGAGUUUGUAGACUCAAGAGGCGUUUUCAUGUUUUUUCUUACUGCAUUUCGAAUCAUCAACUCAAACGCUGAUCAUUUGGCCAAGAGUGCUA